AUGUUAACUAGAGGGAUUAGUAGCAAGGAUUUAAUCGCAUCUGAGAGCUGGUGGCAUGGUCCUGAAUGGUUGAGGAACGCGGAAAACCUUUGGCCCAAAGUAAAGGGAUUUCAAUAUGAUUCUAAAGAGCCAGAAAUAGCAUCUGAAUUUAAAUCCGGCGUUAUAAUUAACACAGCUAUUGUUCAAGAAAAAAUAAUAGAUCCAGAAAAAUUUAGCUGCUUGCUUAAAUUGCUAAGAGUGACUUCUUGGAUAUUGCGUUUUGUAAAUACUCUUAAAAAGAAAAAUGUUGAAAAGGGUCCUCUUACUUCAGAAGAACUUUCCGACGCAGAAAUGUUUUGGGUGCGAAUAGUCCAAAACGACUGUUACUCUAGCGAAAUUAAGUGCUUGAAAAAUAAUAAACCUCUCCCAAGAGACUCUAAAUUAUUAUGUUUAAACCCUUUUCUUGAUAAUAAUGAUGUCCUUAGAGUCACAGGAAGACUAGGGAAAACAACCCAUUUAUCGACCUAUGAAAAGCAUCCAAUCAUACUCCCUCCCAAGGCUAAAUUAACAGAGUUAUUAAUUUGGGAAUCUCACAAAAGAGUCUUUCAUUCUGGUGUAUCCCAUACGUUGGUGCAAAUAAGAGAGAAGUUCUGGAUUUUAAAAGCCAGACAAACCAUCAAAUCUCUUCUUGGAAAAUGCACAAUAUGUAAACGAUUCAACUCUUCUCCCGGAAAUCAAGUGAUCGCGCCACUUCCAGAUAUUCGUGUAGAACAGUCAUCUCCAUUUACGAUCAUCGGUGUUGAUUUUGCUGGCCCUCUUUUCGUUAAAGAUAGUAUUAACAAGCAAUAUAUCUUGUUGAUAACCUGUGCAGUGACAAGAAGUGUUCAUCUAGAACUGGUCGGUGAUUUGACUACCGAUACAUUUCUUCUAGCUUUCCGACGCUUCAUUUCUCGACGUGGCUUGUGCUCUGUGGUGGUCUCUGAUAAUGCACGCACCUUUAAACGUGCAGAAUUAGAGAUAAAACUCAUUUGGAAUGUUCUGAAUCAUGCAGAUGUAAAAAACUUUUACUCUGCUAACGGAAUUAAGUGGAAAUAUAUUGUUGAAAGAGCUGCCUGGUGGGGUGGUUUUUACGAACGAAUGGUACGUACUGUGAAAACUGCUUUACGAAAAACACUUGGAAAAUCAUGUCUCACUGUUGAGCAAUUGCUGACUGUCCUUACCGAGAUUGAAGGCAUGAUUAACUCUCGGCCAAUUACAUAUGUUGGUAGUGACACUGAAGAACCGAUUGCUCUGACUCCAGCACAUUUUCUUCUAGGGAAACGUGUUACCUCCUUGCCCUCUGUAAGACUUCACCUUGAUUCGAAUCUCUCUUCCAGGAAAUGCUUGAUAAAAGCAUUUAAUUACCGAGAAAAAUUAAUGAGAUCAUUUUGGUCUAGGUGGAAAAAUGAGUAUUUGCUAAAUUUGAGAUCGGCCCAUUCAAGUUUUGUUAAAAACAUCUCGCCAUUUAAAGUUAACGAUGUAGUCUUGAUUAAAGAUGAUCAUCUACCUCGAAAUUUCUGGAAAUUAGGAAAAAUUCUUGAAUUAUUUCCCGGAAGAGAUGGCAAAGUGCGGGCUUGCCAAGUUAAAACUGAGUCAUCAAUUAUUAAACGCCCUGUACAAUUGUUGUAUAAUUUAGAAAUCCAGGACUAA